CUAAAUUGGAAGUCGCUCGACCAUUUUCAGCAAUGACGCGCGACGUGGAUACGCGACGACGUUCGGGAAUCUCAACGAGAUUGAAAUAAAUCCGGAACAUCGCGGAGUGAAUCUCUCGCGAGAGCGACACUCGUAAAAGACUGAAUUUCUAGAAAGUGACAAGGAUGGCAGAUGCUUUAUUAGAGAUGGACAAGGACAGUACAAAGGACUACGAAACACACUGGCCUGAAAUAAUACCAGUGCCAUCUUGAAAUCAGCUGUCACCAGCAGACGAUACGCAGCGGGAACUGUUUGACAUCGUGGUGUUACAGGGACAUGGAAAUAAAUCGUGCUGAUCUAAGGAUAGGUGAAUCGUCUUCAGACUUGAUCCCCGUGUACGUGAAGCCAGAGGAUCAAGAGCGAGAUUCAGAGUCGAGCGAUGCGGAAGUCAUCACGGAGGCCAAUCACUUUUGUGCAAUAGAGAUAAAGGAGAGUAAUAAUAACUCGAGAGGAUCGACGAUACGCGAGGAAAUAACCACCUGCGACUUUAGCGGUUUAAGUUCAUUAGAUUCGAGCAUAAGUAACGAACAGCAGACAGACGUGACCGCCUUAACCAGCGUUCUGUCGGAUCCGAUAAAUUUAAGAGCACUAGAUUCAGAUUUUAUAAGCGAGGAGCUGCAGAGGCGAAUGAAUCAAGCGACGGAGGUGUUUGUUGACGGUGAGGAUCACAUUCACACAUCGAAUUACAGUAUCCCGACAGUGACAAUCCCAAAUGAAUUUCUGGAGGGUUUAAAUCUCAACAUAAAGAGAGAAGGAAUCGGAAACGAGACGACCUACACCGCGGAAUGGUUGUGCGAGGCGAACGAGGAUCCAGGACUGCGUUUGAAGAUCUCAAAGGGUGGUAAGCAGCACCGAUUAGAUGCGUCAGGCACAGACCCACACUCAACAAUAGCGCCCUUGGCCAAGCGCAAGGGCAUACUGCGGGUGAGCUGCGUGGAGAGUUACAAAGGAAACGAGAGCAAGUUAAACGGGACGGAGAAGCCAAAGCGCAGAGCGCGAAUAAAGGCAAAGCCCCGUCAGGAUUACAGGGAAAGAUUGAGAAGGAAAGCAGAGUGCAUGAGAGAGAAGAGGAAGAAGCUAUCGGAAGAAGAAAGCGAGGAGCAGCGGCUACAGAGGUUAGCGAAGGAGGCUGCCAAGAGGAGGGAAAUGAGAAUGUAUUACGAGACACCGGAGCAGAGACGCAAGAGACUGGAUACCGAGGCUGCACGUAAACGAGAAUACAGGAUGUACAAUGAGACGCCGGAAGAGAGAAGAAAGAGAUUGGAUAGGGAAGCCGAGAGGAGGAGGUUCAAGAGGAUGACCUUGUACGCGAGUGAGACCCCGGAACAACGUAGAGAACGAUUGGAUAGAGAAUCUGCCAAGAGACGGGAGGCAAGGCUAAAUCAAUACGCCAAGGAGACCGAGGAGCAGAGACGCGAGAGACUGCGUCGGGACGCCCAGAGAGCUCAGGAGAUGCGGUUCACCAGGUCUGCCAUUGAAACUGAGGAGGAGCGCAGGCAAAGGUUAGUAAAAGACGCCCGUAGAAAGAAGGAAUUAAGGAUGCAUGGCGCCAAUUCGGCAAGCAAUUUCACUGAGCUUCAAACCGUUCGCAGUUUUGAAGAGUUAAACAAUGUGCAGAUGAGGGACGAUCCUGAUAAUCAAUUGGGCAGCCACUACCUGAGCAACUGGAUGAUGUGGUUUCAAAAUACCUUGACUCAGCCUAUACACAUCGGAGAGCAGACUAUCGAGCCCCAGUCUCAAAAUAACGGAUGAACGCUCCUUUGUAUUAGCUGAGUCCCAUUGCAAUUAUGGGAGACACAAGGUGCAUUCGCAGGAUUCAUCGACGAGUACGUUGAUCGCUUGAGACACGUCACGAAGAGACACAAGAGAAACUACAUCAGUCCGAUGAAGAUUUAUAAAUCACGUGUCAACGAUGUGUGCUCGUUGGUCGGAAAUCGAGAGGAGCAAUGACAAAAAAAGAUAUAUAUGACGAUUAUAAGAUAAUCGAAUUAAUCAAGAGUCGCACGUGAUCAAAUGCACUGUGUAUUUAUUUUACGAUAGUUUGCAUACGAAUUUAUCGAUAAUCGUACGUCCUAGCAAGAUUUUUUCUCUUUAUCGUACCGAGGAGUUGUGCGAUUGUUUAUUAGACUUUUUCUCGGCCGCAAUUCAAUGAUAAAUAUUCCUCCGCGUUUCUGACACAGAUGGACAUUGAAGGAUAUGACUGAGUCGAUCGCUGAAGAUUCUUGCUGGACAAACGAAGACAAGAGUGUCUGACAAAAAAAAAUAAUACUUAAUUAUCAGUGCCUUUAGUUUCGUUAUUCCUAACUGGUGGAAGAGAGAAAAUAGGAAUUUUGAGAAAGAAAAAAAACAGGUAAAAACAGACGGAUAUGCUUUUUCCGCCUGAACGUGCAGUACCGGCCGAAUUAAAAUGUUCUAAAAAUUCGGUCGUCUCUUCAGCACUAUGUAAAACUACUGUGUAGUUUAUUUGACAGUUCCUCUUUUUAUUGAACAACCAGGGACAGAGCAAUGGGAAGAUGCGUGAUUCCUUGGAAUCCCCUUAGCGCGAUUGCUUCUUUAAUGUGUACAAGUUUUCGUUAACGAUAAAACUUGUUCGAUUCUCGCAAAAUGAUAAUUUGUGGGAGAUGCGCAAAAAAGAACUUGUACAGUGUAUUAUUGAGUUUUUAUGUUAAUAAUUCUACUCCACUUUCUGUUACACUAAUAUAACUAGUUAUUGGCUGCAUUUAUACACGAGACUAGAGACUAAUUCAGAGUAGUUUGAGAUAUACUCGUUAGCACGAUCUUGUCCUCGCUCCUUUUCAAAAGAGGAGGAUAUGCUGAUUGCGAAAAUUUUAUUAAGGACCCUUCAAUUUUCACCCUGAUUCAAUUUUAGGAACAAAGUAACUAUUAUAUCAAAUCCAAGAACGAAUUUGUUUUUGAAUAAAGAUAUUUCAAUGACUUGUA